AUGUCUCUACGAAUAGCUAUAUCAGAAUUGUUCGUACAAGCCGGUCCAGUUGUUAACGUCUACGUCCCGAAAGAUAGGGUGACAGGUCUUCACCUAGGAUAUGGAUUCAUUGAGUUCUGUAGCGAGGAAGAUGCUGACUAUGCAAUUAAGAUUCUUAACAUGAUUAAGAUCCAUGGAAAGCCUAUGUGUGUUAACAAGGCGUCUCAAGAUAAGAAGAGCUUGGACGUUGGUGCUAACCUUUUCAUUGGGAACCUUGACCCUGAUGUGGAUGAAAAGAUUCUGUAUGAUACUUUCAGCGCAUUUGGUGGGAUCGCUUCUAACCCUAAGAUCAUGCGAGACCCUGAUACUGGGAACUCACGAGGUUUUGGUUUCAUCAGCUAUGACUCCAUUGACGCAUCUGAUGCUGCUAUUGAGGCAAUGACCGGACAGUAUCUAUGUAUAUCGUCAAAUAACGGUCUCUUACGCAUACAAGAAAGACACCAAAGGAGAGCGCCAUGGUACUCCAGCAGAGAGGCUUUUGGCUGCCACAAAUCCAAUUGCCCAGAAAAGCAGACCACAUACUCUAUUUGCAAGCGGCCCACCAACUGCUCCUCAAGCUAA